AUGCCGCUGCUACGAGGCAUUAAGCUGCAGCUCCCGUCCCUUCGCAAGACAACUGUCAGCUCUGUCAGCUCAUUCACCCCCGUAUCCGCACUGCCUCUGCCUUCCACCGCCUGUACUGGUACUGGCCGCCGCGCACUCAGUUUUCGCGUGCCUUCCGCCCGACCCAGCCCCGUUUCCACACUCACUCGUCGACCCCCGAUACAGGCCCCGUCCCGGGCCAAUCACUCUGCAACCCUGGCGGCACACACCAAGCUAACGUCCGGGUCUCCUACCCCUCCCCCUCCAUCCCUCCUUGCAUCAUCCGCCAACGGCACCCCUCCUCGCCCGUCACAAACUGCUGGUGCCCCCGGUAUUAAAUCCAAAAUUCCCUCCCAACGCACCGCGCAGAUUGCCCGUCACUUCUCUACCAUCUCAAAGGACUCUGACCCAAGUUUCCAUCACCAAUCGCCCGCAAUGGCUUCCCCUUACUCCCUCCGCAAGGUUGGUGCUCCCAACACCCUCGAGCACCGUGUCUACAUCGAGAAGGAUGGCGUCCCCGUCUCCCCCUUCCACGACAUUCCUCUGUACGCCAACCAGGAGCAGACCAUCCUGAACAUGGUUGUUGAGAUCCCCCGCUGGACCAACGCCAAGCUCGAGAUCUCCAAGGAGGAGCUCCUCAACCCCAUCAAGCAGGACAUCAAGAAGGGCAAGCUUCGCUACGUCCGCAACUGCUUCCCCCACAAGGGCUACCUCUGGAACUACGGUGCCUUCCCCCAGACCUGGGAGGACCCCAACGCCAUCCACCCCGAGACCAAGGCCAAGGGUGACAACGACCCGCUCGAUGUCUGCGAGAUCGGUGAGCUUGUCGGCUACACCGGCCAGGUCAAGCAGGUCAAGGUCCUCGGUGUCAUGGCCCUGCUCGACGAGGAGGAGACCGACUGGAAGGUUAUCGUUAUCGACGUGAACGACCCGCUCGCCCCCAAGCUCAACGACGUCGAGGACGUCGAGCGCCACCUGCCCGGCCUUCUCCGUGCCACCAACGAGUGGUUCCGCAUCUACAAGAUCCCCGACGGAAAGCCCGAGAACCAGUUCGCCUUCACCGGCGAGUGCAAGAACAAGAGCUACGCCAUGGACGUCGUCCGUGAGUGCGCCGAGGCUUGGGAGAGACUCAUCACCGGCAAGACCCAGGCCGGCAGCGUCUCCACCGGCAACACCACCGUCCAGCAGUCCCCCGCUCUCAUCAGCGCCGGCCAGCUUCCCCCUCUGCCCGCUCACGAGGAGCUCCCCGCCGCCAAGAUCGACGCCUCCAUCGACAAGUGGUUCUUCAUCAGCGGUGCCUCCGCAUAA